AUGGGUGCAGUCCACCCAAAUCACAAUGUUGCGCCUGCUUUAGGACUGCCCCUUGAGGAUCUUCCCCUACCGCACCAGUUACCAUCUCCACCUCGUGAUGUUUCACCUCCCCCACCAGAUUUCUCGCCGCCACCUCCAGACUUCUCGCCGCCACCUCCCAAUUUCUCACCACCACCUCCAGAGCUCUCACUGCCGCCGCAGUCAUCACCUGUUCCAAUGGCUGGUGAUGAGGAUCCAAACCCCCCAGAGGCAGAAUUCAUGGAUGCGAGUGGGCAAUACUAUCACACGUACCACUCGCUCCUCAAUGGCAAGUACAUUCCAGUCUGUGGACGACCGUGCACGGCUGACGGUGUGUUUCUGCCACCCGGCAUGCCACCAACUCUUCCACCACCAAAGUCUCCUCAUGAUUGGAGCCCGUAUCGCAAUGACGUAGAAUUCGCAACAGCGGAAUUCACGUUCAAACAAUGUCAUAUGUCUCACGCAGCUUUGGAUUUCUUGUUCGAUUUAAUGGCUGCGACGCUGGCAAAACACGACGACUCCCCUCCGUUCGUCGAUCACAAGGAUCUACACAAGGUCAUCGAUGCCGCCGAACUUGGCAAUGUCCCCUGGCAAUGUCUCUCAGUUCAGGACCCCCGCUUGAUGGCGCAUAAUAUGCUAGCAAACCCUACCUACAAGGGUGAGAUUGACUAUGUGCCGUUCCGAGAGUAUGACGCGUCGGAUAACACACGUCAAUGGAAAGACUUUAUGUCUGGAGACCACAUAAUGCAGUAA